AUAAAACAUUUCUCAGACUUCACAUACCAGGCUGAGGACGCUUUGGCACCGUCCCUGUGUUCCGAUCUGCUAAACCGAAUCAAGGACGAGGAUACCGACCAGCGCGAACAGCUAGUUAAGGAAACCGCUUCGGCGAUGGCUACCUUUUUCCUAGCCAUGAUACAAAACCCACAAGUCCAGGCGAAGGCCCAAUCCGAGAUUGAUACUAUGGUAGGUCAUAACAGGCUUCCCUCUUUCGAUGAUAGGCCAUCAUUGCCGUACAUCGACGCCGUCUUGCGUGAAACACUAAGGUGGCAUCCUGUCGCGCCAUUGGGUAUUGCACACGCAGUUUCCAACGAUGAUAUCUACGAAGGGUACCACUUACCUAAGGGAGCAACUGUCAUCGCAAACGCAUGGGCUAUGUCGCAUGACGAGAGCAUAUACUUCAACCCGUUCUCAUUCGAACCUGAUAGGUUUCUUUCUGAGGGCAGGCUUACUGACGACAACGCUAGCUAUGUGUUCGGUUUUGGACGGCGCAUUUGUGUCGGUCGACAUGCCGCUGACGCAAGCGUGUGGUCCGCCAUAGUGUCAUUCCUUGCUGUGUUCACUAUAAAGAAAGCCAUCGAU